AAUACCAUAGUGUUGAAAAUAUAACAGCCUUUCAGACUUUUCCCAUGUAAAUUUGGAGAAAUCACUUUUUUCAAUCUUCGUUGAAAAGCAAUACACAGUGAAAAUGCUUCUUCUUGUAAUUCCUUUGUAAUAAUGGGUUCAGGCAAAAUUUUCCUUGCCCAGAACAAAGCCUUGAUAAGCGUAAUCUGGAUUUUUGUUUAUAAAACAAUUGUGGAAAUUGCUUAAGUUUUUCUAUUUUUCAGAUGCCAUGAGAAUCUCAAAAAUGAUUUUCACAUCGCUCACGGUCGGUUAAGAACAACUUCAAAAAGGACCUGGAGUCCUUGACCAAAUAUCAUUGGAUUUAGUGUGAUAAUCCUCCGCAGUGUGGUGUAGUUUUCAUCAAACAGCAACGUAGCUGGUACCAAUAAUUGUUUGGUAUUUUGUUAAGCUACCUCCUUACAUUCCCCGAAGCACCAAUAUUUGCAAGGAAAAUGGGUGGAUCCGUAAGUCAAAUUUUCCGUUCUGGAUCAGCAUUGCUGUCCCAUCGUGAUGGUCAUAAGGUUUCCAAAGAAACGACUGAAAAAAUCACAACGCUCUUUGAAAUUUUAAGAGCCAAUCCAAAAAUCUCCAUACAACCACUAGAAUCAUUGCUAUUAGAAAUUCCAAAGAAUGAAAACAUUUUAGUAAUACACGACGAUUGUGGCUUUAAUAUAUUACAACGAGCUGUAGGUCUAAAUCAUGUUGAGUUGACAAAAUGGCUCUUGCAGCGUCAUAGGCCAGAUGUAAACCGCAGCCCCUGUUCCCUACCUCUGCAUAUUGCCUGUCUGAAGGGUCACGAAUCAUGUGUAGAGCUAUUAUUGAAAUAUGGUGCCCGAAUCGAAUGUGAUUCCCGCAUGUGCUUUCCCGGUUCACACUCAUCCAACUGUGAACUGUUCCAGUGGAAUGCCAACAAUCAUUAUGAGGAUGUUGAGUUUAGAGAACGUAAUUUUGACAACUCUAAAUUGCAAAAUGCAAUUUGUUAUGCCAUAGAUGGCGAUCAAAUUAAUGUGCUGAAUAUAUUGGUACAAAAGCUCGAUGAUCCAUGGAUACCAUUUCGCUCUAAACGUCCUGUUUUCCAUUUACUUCACAUGGCCUGUGAACGUGGAGCUUGGAACUGUGUCCAGCAACUGGUGGUAACACGUUCCGAUGAAAUCAAUCUUAUUAAAGAUGAAUAUUAUCCCAUACACCAUGCCGUGUUACACGAUAUGCGUUUUCUGGAAUUAUUAAUCCAGCACGGUGCUGUGACCACAGUUCGAACGUGUACCCAACAAUUUACACUCUUACAUAUGGUUAUAUUCAUAGCUAGAAAAUCUGCUGAAGAUACAUUAAGUAUGUUAAGAAUCUUAUUGGAACGUGGUUGUAAGGAAUUAAUCAACGAACCAGAUGUCUUGGGCAAUACACCAUUACAUUCCCUGAUCGUACGAUAUGCCUUAGAGGAGGCAAGAUACGGCUACGAUAAGUGGAGCAAAUGGGAUGUUUUACAUUUAGUUAGAUUCCUGCUACAACAUGGAGCCAAAAACUCAAUCAAUCAGGCUGGCAAUAGUGCGCUGGCUUGUGUGUUCCGCCACAUACGUGAUAUGGAUGUUUGCUUUGAACUGCUCAGCAUGAUGAUCGAGGACAGCGAUCCAAAUAUUGUGGGGCGUGACGGUUCCGUACCCAUCAUGGUGUUGUUAAUACCAUUAAUCAACAAAGAUACCCUACAACAUUAUACUCAUUCUAUGAAGGUUUGUUUUGUAAAUUGUAUACGCAUUUUGCUGCAACAUGGAGCCAAUCCCAAUUGCUCGUAUCACCACAAUCUAACACCACUGCAGGUGUUGGUCUUUACAGUGAGUGAAAAUUUCACCUUAAGCAGUGACACCUUAAGGCAAACCAACUUCGAUUUUAUUAAAAAUAUACUCCUGCUCCUCUUGCAACAUGGCCUGGACUGCAAUCAAACAUAUCAGAAUAUAUUGCAAGCUGUCAUGGACAUGGUACGAAAUGUACGCGAUGUUAGUGAUCUAAAUCGUAUACACGAUUUGACCCUGACGCUCAUACAAUAUGGAGCUGAUCCAAAUAUAGUAUUAAGUAAUAUGACCACUGGUGGUGCCAUCUAUUCUAAUGAAAUAGCAAGGUUUGGAGAUGCCCUAGGCUUGACUGGUUCCAGUUCGGAGAGUAAUGGUGCUGGUGGGGCUGGUACUGUGGCGAAUAGUGGCAAUACCAAUGGUAACUCGUCGGUUGGCGAAACGGCGGCUACUCGACAAUCUCUUGGUGAUACCUCAUUCCGUAACUCAUUUCGCACAAAUUCUCGCUAUUUAUUGUUCUACUACAUUGUGUUGAUCACAAAGAAAGAUUUCAUACUCAACGAUCCAGAUGUGACAUUUACCCGCAUUAUUUUACUCUUCUAUGCCACCAUGCAGCAUGAUACUCUGUACAAUUGCCUGAAAUCUCUGCACAAUUUCUAUGUCGCCCAAGUUCCAAGUAAAAAGACGGAACAAUUAAUUGCUGUCAUUUCAUCGCUAUAUCGUAAACCUCGCAGUCUGAAACAGUUGUCUCGUCUUGCCAUUUACGAAUCGUUAAAUCGAAAAUUAGCUCAAAAUGUAAAUAAACUUAAAUUACCGGGUAUGCUUAAGGAUUAUGUGUUGAAUUUCGAUAAGUAAUUUGAACAGAGAGGAGUUAAGUGAAACAAAGGAACAAAGUUAAGGCAUAUGAUACGUUUAAAAUUGGUAAAAUAUUUUUUUCUAGAAACAUUUUUUUUAAUUCUAUGGACUGAAAUUAUUAGAAUUAGAAUUAUAGAAUUUCGGAAUAUCAUUAGGGGACAAGCAUGUGACUGUGUGAAAUUAGGUAAAGAAUAAAUUACUGGAUUAUUGCCAACAAGAAUGUGACUACAGGAAUACACAAAUAUUUGAAAGGAAGCUCAAAAAUGUUGACCUUGCACAUUUGAUUACAUUGGGAGACUGUAGGAAUACAUGCUGUCAUGUGUGUAAAACUCAUUUGGAAAUAAUCGAGAAAUUGGCUUACAGAUUUCCCUGCACAAAUUAAGGUUGACUUUAGAGCAUAGAAAUCAUUUGUAAACUCAAAUCUUAAAACCAUUAUUAUUGAACUGAAUUUAGCAAAUCAGGGCAAAUUUUUAAUUAAAAAAAUAAAGAAACGUAAUUUUAUGUGCUCAUAAUACGAAGAUAAAUUAGUGUCUGUAAAUUGCAAAACAACAAAGAAAGUUAACAACAUUUUCGAUGUUAUGUAUCUUUUAAACAAAACACAAAGCAACAAUAACAAUAAAGAAAACUAAAUGUAUUUAAGAUCUCUCAGCUGUAUGAAGCGCACUUAUAUUGAACCACAUAAAAUCCAAACCAAUUCAAGAACAAAUGCCAUUAAAUCAUUCACUCACUCACAGAUACAUACAAUACAAUAUACAUACUUAAAUACAUUCUAUUUGCCAAAAAGAAGAGAAAGUAACAUUUUACAUAUAUAUAUAUAUUAAAGCAAAACAAAUUCAAGCCAUAUUAAUAUUAUUAUAUUUAUUGUUAAAUAUUGUUCCUGUUAAAAAACAAAACAAAGUAAAGCGAAAAUGAGAAAUAUUCAAGAAUAGACAAACUCAAGCAAAUCCAAUAAUUACAUUCAUGUCGGAAAGCAAAGAAGAAAAAUACAUGCAUACAUAUUUACCUAAUAUAAUUUAUUUGUAAACAUUGUUAAAUAUUUUUUUAUACAUUAAGAAAAUGUAUUCAAAUUUAAAGAAUUUAAUGUUAAAUAAAUACAAAAAAAUAGGUAUAUAAAUACAUAAGAAA